AUGCCUGCUUGGCCUAUCCACAGCCGUCGUCCUCCUGACGAUGACAUCGAGAGGCACUGCGGUGCGAUGAGAGACUGGCUCGCUCCAUCUUUCAGCCCGCAACAGUUGUUCCAAGCCCCCGCGAGCCCCGUCAACCCAAAGCCAUCGCAGCAGCGCUCGGCCUCUUCCCAUCUCGCUCCCUCCGAGCUCAAGGCUUCUGCCACAUCGUGCAAGGUGGAGCCAACGUCCGAUCGUCAUGGCCUUCUUGCGCAAGCCCCGCCCUUUCCAGGCCUCGAAAAACCCCGAGGCCACACUUCGGAUCAGCAAGCGUUUCUUGCUGCAGAAGACACUACACCGGAGAUGGACGAAACAUUUUUCAAACACGCCAAUUCCGAGAGUUCUCGAGGGCAGCCAAUUGUCAAGUCUCCUGCAGCCGCAAGAGCUUCCAUCCAUCAGGGACCACAGCGCAGCAUCUCCACAUGGGACGUGAGUGACAUCGAGGUUGAGACGGGGGAAAAGGCCGGUUCAAUCACCGUUGACCCCCAUGGUGUUGCUUCUCUGCGCGACGCCGGCCUGGAAUUCGAGGCCACUGGCUCUCCCCUCUCUGCAAGAGCUGAAGAAGACGAACUCAUCGGAGGCUGGUUCAAGGGUCUGGUAACGCCCCCGGCUGCCGCAUAUCGGCCCUUUAAAGUGAGUCUGUUGGCUUCAUGUCAACAUGAGCUGGAUUCAUGCACGGGCAAGUUUCUUCCCGCCAUAGAAUAUCCAGAGACACUUCAAAGCGCCAUCCAGGGCCCAUAUCGAGACCACAAGGACAUAGGCUGGCGACAGAUGAACAUGACUUCUGGACUACAGAUAGUCCGAGAGCUGACGAGCCGGCAAAGGCUGGCCGAGCACCUGUUGGCUUCACGCCAGCAAACUGAGGAGGCCAUGGCAGCUGUGGCAGCUCCGUAUCCUGAAGAAGACGCAUGGCCGAAUGCGCACUGCAUUCUACGCCCGGCCCGGCAAGAGGACUUUUCGCAAAUCGCCAACAUCAUCAACCUGGAGGGGUCGACAGCGGCCUUCCCGCAGAUAUUCGACUCAAAGGUCAUCGACUCGACCGACGUCGAUUGGAUUUCUAAGCGCUGCCAGCAGACCAUAAGGCCCUUCAUCGUUGCUGUCCCCAUGGAGGAGGACAUGAUGGACCGGUCCAAGUGGCCUCCAAACUCGGACCGAGCGUACCGAGAGUACAUCGAGUUCAAGAAGACUCGGCCAAGCCCUCCACCGCCUAUUGUUGGGUUCGCGUUGGUAACCGAGGUUCGUCUUGGCUUCCCACAGCUUCGAUGCCCUGGGUCCCGAUACAGUGCUCAGGUGCGGGUGCUUGUCCAUCCCGAAUACCGGCAAAAGUCGUAUGGCACUGCGCUGCUAGACAGGAUCCUGCUUUCCCUGUCACCCCGUCAUCGCAGCAUCAUUGACUAUGAGUGGAAGUGCGCCAACCCGGCGCGCAUAUACGAGCAUCCCGUGGACCGAAACGGCCGGCAGUAUGCUCGACUUUACGUCGAGGUGUUUUGCGCGAGCAAGGUGCAGACAGAGUACAAGUGGCGCGCGGAAAUGCUGAGCAAGUUUAACUUUCAAGAGGUCGCCCACCUGCGGGACGCGAUCAAGACGGAUCAGGGCCACCAGUCCAAAUGGCUCGACCUCGUGCUCUGGGAGUUUGCGGCCCAGGAGACGUCGGCGAUCAGAGAGGGGACUCGUUGA